AUGGCUGGCGCGGGGCUGCUCCCGCUGUGGCUCCUGCUGCUCUCCCUGGCGGCGCCGCUGGCCUCGCCGUCGGCGUCGGCGGGCGACCAGCGACGUCUGCCGAUGCUGCCGCCCGCGCGCACCGCCUCCACUGCAGCGCCCGCGCCCGCGCCCGCACCAGCGUCCGUGCCCGCGCCCGCGCCCGCGCCCGACGACCCGCCCCGCGAGCUGCUCCCCAAGCCCCCCAUGGACCUGCCCAGGCUCUUCUCCGCCGGCCACGACACGCUCCGCUUCGCUGAAGAAGACACGGAAUGGACCCCAAUACCUGUAUCCACUACUCAGACAAACUCUUCAAACUCAUGUAAUGCUAUAUUAAAUCUUUCUAACCUGAAGACGUCCUCGAAGUAUCUCGUUAAAGCCAUGCCAGUUUUAACUGAGCACAAGGUGAAUGCGAAAAAUACGAAAAACUGGUAUCAGCGCCUUCCCACCAAGCCGUACACUGAAACUGUCAGUGCCCAAGUGUCUGCUGUAGAGGACCUCCAGGUGCACUCGGCAGGUUCUCGCUGGGUGGUGUUAAGCUGGUUGCCACCCACGUCGUCGUGCCUCACCGAAUUGGAAUACGAGGUCCGAGUGAAGCCGGCCAUGCUAGCUGGUAACUUUCCGUUCAAACACAAGGGUUCCUUGUGGAGCAACGCUCCUUGGACUGUGAAAAAACCCGCGAUGCCUUGCAUCUCGUGGCCAGACCGCCACUGCCUCCUAGUUCAAGAGGAUAGCAAGAUGAAUCGCCUGGAUCCCGACAAAGAAUAUCUGAUAGAUGUAAGAGUGAAGAGGAUUGAGGGGGGUAAAACAAGUGAAGAAAGAAAAAUUGAAGCAAAUACAACUGAUUUUGGGGGCGUGCUCAACAGCGCCCACGUGCGCGUCGCCCUGGCCGCCCACGCCCGCGCGCACGCCCGACCGCUGUACGAGACAAGCUUCAACGUCAGCAGCGUCAACCGUACCUACGCCCACGUGGUGAGCGCGGGGCUGGAGGCCGGCCGGCGCUACGACGUGUUCGUGCGCUUCGGCACGCGGGCGGGCAAGGCGGGCGCGGAGGCGCACGUGGCCGUGUGGCUGCCGCCGUCGCGGGAGCAGAGCCCGCGCGACGUGUGCGAGGCGCUGGGCUACGAGGUGCCGUCGUCGCUCACGGGGCAGGGCGGCGGCGGCGGCGGCGGAGGCGCCCUGCUGUGGGGGCUGGCCCUGCUGCUCAUGGGCCUUGUGGCGGUGGGCGCUCUCUUCGUGGGACGCCGAUGGGGUUCCCGAAAACGGUGGUCAAUAUCAUCCCAGGAUGAUUCGAAAUCCUCAGGGGUGGGGUCCGGCUGCAGCAGCGUGGGCGACGAGGCGUCGCUGUGCGGGCCGGCCGCGCCGCACGCGCCGCUGUCGCAGCCGCCGGCGGCGGCCCGCGCCGUUUGGGAGCUCGAGUACGCCGAGGUGACCCCACCGGCCACGGGGCGCGCGCGGAGCGCUGCCCCGCGCCACGACUACGAGGAGCUCCUGGGCCGCAGCGACGACCAGGUGGGUGCCGCACAAACCCUCCAGUUCCCUGGACGACGCUUCCGGGCA